AUGUCUUCUUACACCGAUACCGUGAACUGUAUGUUACAGCAUCCUGCCGGCAUAGAUAAAAUUGCUGCAUUAAUCGUAAAUGUUGCUCGUUUAAAUCCCGUUGCUAGUAAGGCAAACAGCGAACUGGUUUCCAUGUUGAACGAGUUCCGAUGUAUUCUACGCCUACCUGGAUUGUACAAGCUUCUUGUAAACUUUGACCGUAGGGAUUCCUUAGAAUCCCACUUGAGCACUGCAAUAAAUGUCUGCUACUAUCUCACAGAAGGCCUUGCAUUUUUGGGAAACAAGCAAAUUGUUCCAAUGUCCAAGACUAGAGAAGACCAGCUAUCGCUUAUUUCUUGCCGUUUUUGGUUAUUGGAUACCCUGUUAACUGUUUAUCAAUUAUAUAAAAAAGUUCGCAACACUCACGAUAGACAAGAUGAAUUGGACCUGGCUGCCAAUGUCGCUAGCCUCCCCCUGUGCAUCCACUGGUCUAUAGGCAGUGGACUUGGACUUAGCAAGCAACAAAUAGGUAUCUUAGGACUCUUCAGUACUGUUGUUCAAGUACGAAAAUUACUUAGGGCUUUAAAUGAUAAGAAACAAUAA